CGCAAAAAAAGAGGGCUUUUUUAUUUGGUCCUCUUUCGUCCCUCCCCCUCUUCGCUUCCCUCCAAAGUCGCCGCACCGUCCGACAGCAGGCCGCACGUGAACCGAGGCGCCACCGGCGAGUCAUCCCAUGGCUCGGUUGCCCAGAGGGGACGUCGUCGCGCCGCCGGUGGCGGAGUCGGACCCGGAGCCCCCCGCCACGCCGACGACGUGGUACGAGAGCCUGUCCUGCUCCGCUCAUCCGGCGUCCGGAAAGGAGUGCCUCUUCCUGCAGGAACGCCCCGUCCGCGUCUACGCCGAUGGGAUCUACGACUUGUUUCACUUCGGCCACGCUCGAGCGCUCGAGCAGGCGAAGAAGCUAUUUCCAAACACCUACUUAUUAGUUGGGUGCUGCAGUGACGAAAUUACUCACAAAUAUAAGGGAAAAACUGUGAUGACUGAAGCUGAGCGUUAUGAAUCUCUACGCCACUGCAAGUGGGUUGAUGAAGUCAUACCAGAUGCUCCAUGGGUCCUCAACCAAGAGUUCAUUGACAAGCACAACAUAGACUUUGUGGCUCAUGACUCACUUCCAUAUGCAGAUGCAAGUGGAGCUGGCAAUGAUGUCUAUGAAUUUGUCAAAGCUAUUGGAAAAUUUAAGGAAACAAUUCGUACAGAUGGCAUUUCUACUUCAGAUAUUAUAAUGAGGAUUCUGAAAGACUACAAUGAGUAUGUGAAGCGUAAUUUAGCCCGUGGAUAUACAAGAAAGGACCUUGGAGUGAGCUAUGUGAAGGAGAAGCAACUGAGAGUGAACAUGGGAAUAACUAAAUUGCGGGAAAAAGUGAAGGAGCAUCAAGAAAAGUUGCACACAGUAGCAAAGUCGGCUGGAGUGAAUCACAACGAAUGGGUGGAAAAUGCAGAUCGCUGGAUCGCAGGCUUCCUUGAGAAAUUUGAGGAGGGCUGCCACAUCAUGGAAAUUGCCAUCAAAGAUCGAAUUCAGGAGGGUCUGAAGAGGCAGCAGAGCAAAUCAAAGACCAACCUCGAAGAAACAGUUCCCUCAUAAGUGUCCGCAAACCCUGAAGCAGUCGCUGCUGUCAUCUCGUCCUUUCGGUUUAAUUUUCUACUACUGCUUGUUAUUCGGUGUCCUCAUCAAAUCCUGAAGCAGCUGCUGCUGUAUUUGAGUCUGCUACCAAUGCAAAGCAGUGGGUUAGUUGCAUACAUAUAUGUCUUAUUGAAAUGUUUCUCCUUGAAAGAAAUAAUGUACUAUUAUUAUAAUUCAAUUCCUUUUUUCCA